CUCUACACUACAUGUUUACUUGGUCUCCAGUGCAGACUGGUCUUGGUCUUGGUCUCGCUGUUAGUCUUGGUGCUGGUGUUGGUGUUGGUGUCGGUUUUCUGUGUACCAGUCUCUCCUUUUGAUGGUGGUGGUAGACGGUGUCUUUAGUUAAUCGUGUAGGUAACAACACACUCAAUCCAACUGGUAGUUGGAUGGAUGAUGUCGCGAUGAAUCCUGUGUGUACCAGAACAGAAAGAGACGAUUACCAUCACACUGGGUCUCUCUUAUUUGCUGCGCCAGUAUAACCAGACCAGUAUAUGUUGGUUGCCAGUCGCCCAGUGACCGCGAUCGGAUUUAUAUCGUUCGUGUUUGUGUACAGAGACCAUGGAUUUGUUUAUUUAUUAUAAUUAUUCAUAAACUUUUUGUAUUUACCCAGCAAAUCAUCAUUUUUGUCUAUAAAUUUAUUUAAAUAUAAAUAUAAAUAUAUAUGUGUGCUGCCACAGUAGAUAAAUAAAUUAAUUGCCAGUGAACUACAUGCUUGGCGGUAGCAAUUUUAAAAGUGAAUGAAAGAGAAGAGGUGAUCUAGUUUGGAGCUAAUUGCUAGAUAUAUAUAUUUGUUGAAAAUUAUUGGAGCAGGAUUAAAUUUAUUAAGCCUGAGGAAAUAUUUAUUGUCUGUUUAGGUGAAAUAAAAUAAUAAAACUGACACAAUACGUGGGUUUAAAAGUGUAUGUUGACUGACUACACGAUGCCGGUGGCCGAAAUGCUGCCGGUUAUCACUUCCGGUCUUCUUAAUUUUCGGAGCAGAGGUGCACGAUUUCGUCGUAGACUUUCGACGACGACUAUCAAUAAAGUGUUUAUAUUUACUGUUAUUCUCACAACUUUUACGCAGGUCCGUCUUGCUGAUGCGGCUAACGGCUCUGAAAUUAUAGAUACCUCAAAAGUCACAUGCCAUGGACUGUCAUUCAGGUGUCCUGAAGGAAAGUGUAUUCCUCCGUCGUGGGUCUGCAAUUAUCAGAAGGAUUGCGAAAAUGGCGAGGAUGAAAUGCAAUCGUGUCCGCCUCCCGAAUGUGACGCAAAUCAGUUUUCAUGUACACAAUAUAUUUUUAACAAAACGUAUUGCAUACCAAAAUAUCAAAAGUGUGAUAUGACUGUCGACUGCAUUGACGGCUCGGACGAGGCUAAUUGUCCGGAAAUAAAAUGUCAGUCGGACGAUUUCAAAUGUGGCGGGACAGUACCCGAGCACUGCAUAAGAAAGGAGAAAAAGUGUGACGGGUAUUUGGACUGCAGGAACGGCAAAGACGAAGAGAAUUGUCCUCUGCUGAUGAAGCAACCGUGUACAUUAGACCAAUUUAGAUGUAAUUCAAGCCAACAAUGCAUCGAAGAAAGCGCUCGGUGUAAUUACAAAGACGACUGCGGAGAUAAUAGUGAUGAAGAAGGCUGCAAUUUUCCCCCGUGCUCGAGCGACCAAAUUAGGUGCGCAAAUUCCCUCUGUGUGCCCAAGGGCUACCCCUGCGAGGAGUACAUUAAUUGUCAUGACAAUUCGAAUGACAAGCAGUGCAAGCUCACCGUCUGUCCGGGAAAUAAAUUCAUGUGUCCUAAGGGCGCCGAGGGAAAGCCGCUUUGUAUUGAGCGGGCCCAAGUCUGCGACGGUAAGCAAGAUUGCACUGACGGAGCUGACGAGGGAAGUGCCUGCUCAAUAAGUAACUGCCCGAGUUUAAAUUGCCAGCACAAAUGUCAAGCAUCACCAACCGGCGGUAUUUGUUCGUGUCCGGAGGGUAGAGUUCUCAUGAAUAAUACAGGAAUUUGUGUGGACAGAGAUGAGUGCAGUGAAUGGGGAUUUUGUGAACAGCUUUGUGUAAAUACUAAUGGAUCUUAUAUUUGUCGUUGUGCACCAGGUUACAAUCUCGUUGGUCGUCACAAGUGUCGAGUCCAAGACAAUCAAAGACCUGUCCAGUUACUGUUAGCCCAAGAUCGUGCCCUGUGGCGAAUGGAAGCCACGGGAGAAAAACGCAGAUUGAUUGUCAAUACUACCGGUGCCAGUGGUAUCGAUUACUUGUACACUGAUAAUUUAAUAUUUUGGAGUGACUUGAAGACACGUAAAAUAUAUUCCCAAUCAUUGACACAGACAGACAGCGAUCAGCAGAUAGACAUUUCUCUGUCGGGUUCCUGGGCCCCGGUCGCGAUUGCCGUUGAUUUUAUUGGAAGAAAAUUGUACGUCGUGGACUCGAUGGUCCAGAAGAUUGACGUGUUCGAGUUGGACGGACGUUUCCACGGUAUUGUUUUGAGCACAAAUCUCACUAGCCCAGUGGACAUUGCGCUGGAUCCCACGGUGGGACUGAUGUUCAUCGCUGACAGCAAACAAGUUGUAAGAGCUAACAUGGACGGUACGUCAGUUACUUCUAUUAUUUCGGAAGCGGCUUACAAAGUCUCUGGUGUUGCUGUCGACUUGAUUGCCAAAAGAGUCUACUGGUGCGAUUACCUGCUGGAUUAUAUCGAGACCGCUGACUACAAAGGAGACAAAAGGGUUAUUAUUUUACGUGGACUGCACGUCCCGGCGCCAAUACGUCUUGCUGUUUUUGAGAAUCGAGUUUACUGGACUGACAGCACCAAGCAGGCGCUGAUGAGUGUCGACAAGAAUGACGGAGAGUAUUCAAUACAGACUUUAUUUAAAGUACGAGACACAAAAGCUGUCAAAGUGCUGCACCCGAUGGCUCAAAUAGGCGCCAAGAAUAUCAAGAACCCUUGCGGAAAUAACAACGGGGGCUGUCAGCACAUGUGCAUCGUCACCGCGGCGGGUGGACGUGAAAGUGGUCUGGGUUACCGCUGCGCUUGUAAUAUCGGGUGGAGAUUGUCAACGGACUUGCGUAAUUGUAUUUUGGUCCAAGAGUUUUUAAUGUACUCGCAGCAAAGGUUCAUCAAGGGACGAAUCCUGGAUCCCGUGAUGGACAGCUUCAGCGACGCGAUACUUCCAGUUGUUUCACGGCGAGCGAGAUUCGUUGGACUGGACUACGACGCUCAUGAUAAAUACAUUUACUACAGUGAUGUAUUGCAGGAUGUAAUUUAUCGUGUGCAUCAGAAUGGGACGGGAAGAGAAAUUGUCUUAGCUAGUCAGAACGAAGGCGUCGAGGGUCUUGCCGUUGAUUGGGCAGCUAAAAAUCUCUAUUACAUAGACUCGCGUAAAGGAACGCUAAAUGUACUGAGCACGAGGAAUUUCACAUACCGGCGAACGCUUUUGAAGAAUUUAAAACGACCAAGAGCCAUUGUCAUACAUCCAAAUCAUGGUUAUAUAUUUUUCUCCGAGUGGGACCGCCCGGCAAACAUCAGUCGUGCUCACGCAGACGGAUCUAAUUUAGUUAUAUUUAAAAACCUCACGCUUGGCUGGCCAAAUGGUCUGGCUAUUGAUUUCGAGAAAGACCGUUUGUAUUGGUGUGACGCAUUGUUAGAUCACGUACAACACUCGAAUCUUGAUGGUGGUGAUGUCAAGAGUCUCAGUCCGAGAUUAAUUCGUCAUCCAUUCUCAAUUGCCAUUCAUGAACAGUGGAUGUACAUCACCGACUGGCGUCUAGAUGCUAUAAUAAGACUACACAAAGAAACUGGAGAACAAGAGAAUAUUUUAGUGCGCGAGCUAACGACCAAUCGUCUCUACGGCGUUAAAGUAUUUAGCCGUGCGAUACAACAAUUAUUAGAUCAUCCAUGUUCAAUUAAUAAUGGAGGAUGUGAAAAGUUAUGCUUCGGCAUUCCGAAGAACUCGACAGCCAUCCCGAUACUUAACGAAGAGGAAGAAGAAUAUGAAAAGAACAAACUGGUGCGAGUCUGCGGCUGUCCUUACGGCGAACGUUUGGCGGCGAACGGACUAUCUUGUACUUUGGAUCCUGAAUCAGAACCUCCGGUGCAAGCCUGCUCGAACCCUUGGGAUUUCACUUGCGCGAACCAACGCUGCGUGCCCCAGUCCUGGGUCUGCGACGGCGAUGACGAUUGUCUUGAUAACAGCGACGAGAUGCAAAAUUGCACAAAGCCUACCUGCAGUCCCAAUCAGUUCCAAUGCAAAUCAGGUAAAUGUAUUCGUAACACCUUCAGAUGCGACGCUGAGAAUGACUGCGGCGACUACAGCGACGAAAUGGGAUGUCCGAACGUCACUUGCAGCGCGAGUCAAUUUACUUGCGACAAUAAUCGCUGCAUUCCAGCCACCUGGAAAUGCGACUCUGAAAACGAUUGCGGUGACAGCUCUGACGAGGGACAAUUUUGUGCAGCUAAAACUUGUUCAUACUUUCAGUUUACUUGUCCCAGAUCCGGACACUGUAUUCCUCAGUCCUGGGUCUGUGAUGGAGAUAACGAUUGCUUUGAUCACGCAGAUGAGCAUGACUGUCCACCUGUCACUUGUCUCAGCAGCCAAUUCAGGUGCGCUGAUCGCAAGACUUGUGUCUUAGAAUCCUACAAAUGCGACGGAUUGCCAGAUUGUAAUGACGGGAGUGACGAAGUCGGGUGUCCUUCGCUGGGACCUGACCAAUGUAAUCCUGAAAAACAAUUCCAGUGUGUCAGUACAGGCAAUUGUAUACCCAAGAGUUGGUACUGUGACAGUACACCAGAUUGCAGUGAUAAAUCUGAUGAACCAGAGUCAUGCAGUCAGUACACAUCACCUGACAAGUGUGGCGACGGCUUCUUCAAAUGUAUUUACCCAGUUAAUAAAACCUGUGUAUUCAAAACGUACAUUUGCGACGGCAAAGAUGACUGCGGUGAUGGUUCAGAUGAAGACCCAUUGAUCCACGCUUGCGGACCACCGCCAUUUAAAUGCGAGUCUGGUCAAUGGAAGUGCCCGAACGUCACCAACAGAUGCGUCAACCUGACAAAUGUAUGUGAUGGAAAACCAGACUGUCCUAAUGGAGCUGAUGAAGGAAUCGGCUGUGAUCUGGCCGAAUGCAGUCAUCAAGGAGGACUCUGCAGCAAUGGAUGUAUCCAGACGCCUCUGGGAGCUCAGUGCACUUGCCCACCGGGAGAAGAACUACAAAAAGACGGAUUUACUUGUCAAGAUGUAAACGAAUGCGACCCACCGGGUCGUUGUUCUCAAAUUUGCAUCAACACCAAAGCCAGCUAUGUUUGUAAUUGCGUUGAUGGUUACACGCUGGAGCUAGACAACCGUACAUGCAAAGCCUUCAAUCACAGCGCAGCAUUUUUAAUUAUCUCAAAUCGGCAUACGAUCUUGGUAGCCGAUCUUCAGGAUCAAGCGUUAGAAAGAGUACCGAUAAAUGUUGAAAAUGUUGUUGCGACAGCUAGUAAUAUGCACACGGGAACGAUAUUCUGGUCUGACAUGAAGUUAAAGAAGAUUUCACGAUUAGAGAGAGGUGGAGAUCCGCAAGAUGUUAUCUCAACUGGUCUUGACUUGGUCGAGGGACUUGCUUACGACUGGAUUGGAAAGAACUUAUACUGGUUAGACUCGAAAUUAAAUACUAUCGAGGUGGUAAAAGAAACUGGAGAAAAUCGUAUGAUUUUAGUUAAUGAAAAUAUAACUCAGCCACGUGGAAUGUGCUUAGACCCAAGUCCAGGUGCUCGGUAUUUAUUCUGGACCGACUGGGGUGAGAAUCCGCGGAUCGAACGAGUUGGCAUGGACGGAAAAGAUCGUUCGACAAUUAUCAGCACUAAAAUAUACUGGCCCAAUGGUCUGGCACUUGACAUUGCUAACAAAAGAAUUUAUUUCGCUGACAGUAAACUAGAUUUCAUUGAUACCUGUAAGUACGACGGCUCGGAACGUAUCCAAGUUCUCGCUGGCUCACACUAUCUGCUGCAUCCCCACUCGCUGACGCUCUUCGAGGACACGAUGUACUGGACAGAUCGUCAACUGAAUCGAGUUCUAUCUGCCCACAAAUUCUACGGCGGCAACCAAACAGUCGUUUCACAUUUGAUAUCUCAUCCGCUGUCUAUCCACGUUCAUCACCCAGUUCUCCAACCGAUUACACCAAACCCCUGCGCCAAUGCAUCCUGUGAUCAUCUCUGUCUCCUGUCGGCCAGUGACCCUCGUGGCUACAGCUGCAAGUGUCUCAGUGGCUUUAAAUUAUCAUCAACUGGUGCAUGUGUUGAAGACGACAUGCCGUACCUGAUGGUACUGCGCGGCUCUCAGAUCGUUGACAUGUCUCUGAUACCAGGAGAAAGUAAGAGUGGAUUUAUUACACCCGUCGUGGGCAUUGAAGGCGGCACAGUAAUUGAUUAUGACAGAAGAGAUCGUAAGAUCUACUGGCUGCAGAGUAAAGACGAAGACAAUGAGAACGGAACGAUUUAUACUAUUUCAAUUAAAGGCGAAAACAAGACCGAGUUUCCCAACCCACGCGGUGACUCAGGUAUCGUUGGAUCAGCAUCAACACUGGCCUUUGAUUGGCUCGGAAGAAAUCUCUUUAUUGGAAAUAAAUUUGCCGCCAAUAUUGAAGCAAUAAAAGUAGACGGCGAGCCGCGGUACCGUACAGUUGUGCUGGCUAACGACGGAAACAGAACAUCAGUCGCAAAACCAAAAGCCAUGUGCGUUGAUCCUCUCGAGGGCCAGAUCUUCUGGAUCGACGAGGGAGACUUUGGAGUGCCGCAUAAAAUAGGCCGAGUAAAUAUGGACGGAACAAAGUCAAUCGUUCUCAUUGAAAAUGUAGCGCAUCUCGAGGCUCUGACUAUCGACAUACCCAACAAAAUGAUCUACUUCAGCUCUCAGUAUCCCACUUUUAUAAAAGCCAUGACAACAGACGGUCAGAAUGUCCGCACAAUAUUGACCGAAGCUAAUAACAUUAAUUUACCAAAAGCUCUGGCUGUUCAUGAGUACAAGCUGUAUUACCUGGAUCCAGUUUACGAUAAAAUAGAGCGCAUUGACUUGGUUAAGGACAACCCAAGUCCCGUGACAAUUGUCGACAAUGACUCAACACUAAAGACACUAAUUAUUUACAAGAAACGGGCAGCGGGAUCUCAUCCUUGUCAGAAGAACAAUGGAGGCUGUGAGCAACUGUGCUUGCCUUCAACCGGUGGAACACGAACCUGCGCGUGCAGUAUGGAGUACAGAAUGGUCGGUGGCACUAAAUGUGAGCCCUACAGGACCUUUGCGAUAGUGUCCCAACUUGAUGUCGUACGUGGGUACAGUCUGAGCGACACCAAGGAAGCCAUGAUCCCGAUCGCCGGCACAGGACAUCAUAUUCUCCACGUAGAUAUGCAUUACAAAGACAACUGGAUCUACUGGGUCGAAUUCAACCGGGGAAUUUGGAACGGUAUCUUCCGCAUACGUCCAAAUGGCACUGAACUAACGACAAUUAUCAAAAAUGGUAUCGGGUCUAACGGAAUACGCGGACUGACGAUAGAUUGGAUCGCCGGUAAUUUAUAUUUCUCAAAUGUCUUCCCGCAUGACAAUUACAUCGAGGUCUGCCGGCUUGACGGCAAUCAUCGGAAGGUCCUGAUUAAAACCACCACAGACGCACCACGUGAGCUAGCGGUCAAUCCGAUAAAGCGGGUGCUCUACUGGAUCGACAACGGACAGUACCCGAAGAUAGGAAAAGCCAAACUGGAUGGCAGCGAGUGGACGCCAAUUGUCACCUCGGGAAUAAGCACCCCGAGAGAUUUAACCAUAGAUCCUAUUAGUCAUGACGUUUAUUGGGUUGACUCUAAGUUGGAUAUGAUUCAAAAAGUAUCUUGGACAGGCGGAAAUCAACAGGUGAUACGCAGAAAUCUUCCCAACCCCAUGGGUAUCGCAAUAUACGGCUCCAAUGUUUACUGGGUUGAUCGUAAUCUCCAGACUGUUUUCAGCGCAAGUAAAUUACCCAACAAUACUUUGCCAACGCGGGUGCGUACGAACUUGCCAAAACUACGAGACAUUGUUAUAUUUGACCCCAGUAACCAGCCGCCUGAUGAUUUAAACCCUUGCUCGCGUGACAACGGCGGCUGCCAGCAACUCUGUUUCGCUUUUGCUGCAGACAAUGAACCCAAGUGUGACUGUGUGACUGGGAAAUUAGCCAACGACCGACGGAAAUGUGAUAAUGUCGACGAGUACCUGAUAUUUGCAACACGGACAGAGUUGAGAGCCAUAAAUAUUGACCCGCAAUCAACAAGUGUACCAUUCAAGCCAGUUGGAAACUUGACAAAUGUCGUGGGUAUUGAUUUUGAUUACCAAGACAAUAAAAUUCUAUUCACUCAAAUAAGACCUUGGGCUAAAAUAGCCUGGAUGUCUGCAGACAACCCGCUGUCAACUGACAUCCACACGAUUAUCGGCAAAGGAAUAAAUCCCGAGGGAAUUUCAUACGACUGGACUCAGAAGAAAAUAUACUGGACUGAUUCAUCAAAUAACAGCAUCUACGCGAUGAAUUUAGACGGUACGUCACUCGUGAUGAUUGCCCGUGUCGAUCGACCGCGAGCAAUCGUCGUGGACCCUUGCAACGGGUCUCUAUACUUCACCGACUGGGGGCGUUUCGGAACUUCGGGUAAAAUAUUCCGCACUACCAUGGCCGGUUCACUGAAAAAAGCCAUCAUCGACAAAGAUUUAUCACAACCAAGUGGUCUGGCAAUCGACUACGAGGACCGGAUGCUCUACUGGACGGAUGCCGUUCGAGAAAAAAUAGAACGAUCUGAUUUGGACGGCAAAAAUCGUGAAGUUCUUAUCACCGCGACAAUAUAUCCAUUUGCAAUAACGGUAUUCCGUGAGCACAUUUACUGGACAGAUUUACAGCUACGCGGUGUUUAUCGAGCGGAAAAAUAUACCGGUGCUGAUAAAGUUGAAAUGGUUAAACGUUUAGAGGAUUCGCCGCGUGAUCUCCAUAUCUAUUCACCAGCUAAACAACAAUGCAAAGUAAACCCAUGCAAUAUAAAUAACGGUGGGUGUGAUCAGUCUUGUCAUCCGGGUGCUAAUGGAAAACCUGAGUGUAAGUGCGAUGACAACAGCAGACUGGUUAAUGAAGGAAGAAUGUGUGUGUCAAAGAAUGUUACCUGUGACGCCAGUAAAUUUUCAUGCAAGAAUGGAAGAUGUAUAUCGCGUAUAUGGGCGUGUGAUGGUGAUGAUGAUUGCGGUGAUGGUACUGAUGAAGAUAAAAAUUACUGUUCUUAUCAUUCGUGCAGUCCCAAUGAAUUCCGGUGUAACAAUGGACGCUGUAUAUUUAAAUCAUGGAAAUGCGAUCAUGAGAACGAUUGUCGGGAUGGUAGUGACGAGGAAGGCUGCAAGUAUCCACCAUGCGCCCCAGGAGAGUUCACUUGCGCCAAUUAUCGCUGUAUACCUCAAGCCCAAGUUUGUAAUGGAGUUAAUGAUUGUAAAGACAAUGUCACCUCCGACGAGACUCACGAACGCUGUCCCAGAAACAAUACCUGUCAUCCAAAUCACCUGCAGUGCAAGACAACGAACAUCUGCGUGGAGCCUUACUGGCUGUGCGACGGAGACAACGACUGCGGUGACAACAGCGACGAGGAUCCACUGCACUGCGCUCAGCGAACGUGUCCACAAAACAGCUUCCGUUGUCCCAACCAUCGCUGCAUACCCGCGACCUGGUACUGCGACGGCGACGAUGAUUGUCUUGACGGCAGCGAUGAACCUGCAGGCUACUGUCAGUCCGAAGGACGCACUUGCUUCGGUGAUCUUUUCACUUGCGACAACGGCAACUGUAUCCCAAGAAUUUAUAUUUGUGACGGGGACAAUGACUGCUUGGAUAAUUCUGACGAAGACGAGCGGCAUCAGUGCAACGACCGCAAGUGCGACGAAGAAACAGAGUUUACUUGCGAUGCCAAUAAACUGUGGAAUCGUGCUCAAUGUAUACCGAAGAAAUGGCUCUGUGAUGGUGAUCCUGAUUGUGUUGACGGCGCGGAUGAAAAUGUCACGUUGCAUCACUGCCCACCACCGGUCCCCUGUGCUGAGAAUCAAUUUACCUGCGAUAAUGGGAGAUGUCUCAAUCGUAAAUGGCUCUGCGAUCACGAUAAUGAUUGCGGUGAUGGCAGCGACGAGGGCAAGUUUUGCAACAGCCAAUACAAGCCUUGUUCGGUAAAUGAAUUUACGUGCCAGAAUUUCCGAUGUCUGCGUAAACAGUUCAGAUGCGACGGGCAAGAUGACUGCGGCGAUCACUCUGAUGAAGUUGACUGUCCCAUUAUCGGCUACAACCGCAAUAACACAUGCGCGAAUCCCAACGAUUUCCAGUGUGCAAAUGGUAAUUGCAUUAAUCAGCAAUUAGUGUGUAAUAAGGAGCCAGAUUGCGCGGAUGAAAGUGACGAACCAGCUCACUGCAAUGUCGACGAGUGCGCAAGAGUUGAAUUGAACCAGUGCGGCCAUAGAUGCGUUGAUACACCAACCAGUUACUACUGCGAAUGCAAUCCCGGUUACAAAUUACUCAGCGACGGCAAGGCCUGCGCAGACAUUGACGAGUGCAUCGAAUCACCUCAGGUUUGUAGUCAGCAGUGUGAAAAUACACCUGGUAGCUUCUACUGCAAGUGCAAUGAGCACUGGUACGAGCGGGCCGCUGACGAGCACACUUGCAAGCGACGGGAUAAUAUUGAACCCUGGAUUAUUUUCACAAAUAAAUAUUACGUUCGUAACAUGUCAGCCGACGCAUCACGUUACAGUAUCAUGCACCAGGAUUUGGUAAAUGUCGUAGCACUUGACGCGGAUUAUGCGAAUGAGACUCUCUACUUCUGCGAUGUUACAGCUAAAACAAUUUACCGCGCAUCUCUAAAAGGCGGUGACAAGGAACCGAUAAUAAAACACGACAGUCUCGGGCUUGAAGGCAUUGCCGUAGACUGGGUGGGACGUAAACUCUACUGGCUUGAUCGUCACGCAAAGCAUUUGGAUGUCGCUGAAUUAGAUGGAUCAAAUCGUAAAACAUUAUUAAAUAGCAUCGCAGAUCCACGUGCUAUUGUCGUACACCCGGGUACUGGUUCAUUGUACUUUACUUCGUGGCAUUUGCAAGCGUACAUUGGUAAAAUGGGUAUGGAUGGAAGUAAUUUCACUAGAAUAUUAACCUGGGAAGAUGACAUUGCUUGGCCUAAUGCAUUGACUAUUGAUUACUUUACGGAUCGUAUAUUUUGGGCGGACGCUCAUCUUGAUUACAUCGCAUUUGCAGAUUUAGAAGGUCAUAACCAUCGGAUUGUAUUGUCUGGGGUUAAAGUACCCCACGUGUUUGCAAUAACGGUGUUUGAUGAUCAUAUUUACUGGACGGAUUGGAAUUUAAAGGCUAUUAUGAAAGCGGAAAAAUUCUCUGGUGCAAAUAUCAAAGUGUUGCGUAACACAACACAUCGACCUUAUGACAUUCAUGUAUAUCACCCGCUCCGUCAACUGCCAUUUGCUAAUCCUUGCAAAGAAAACAAUGGCGGAUGCUCACAUUUAUGCUUGAUCGCACCACCAGCUAGCUCUUAUUUACUCGAGGGCUACGGGCAACCCGGGAUUACGUCAUACAAAUGCGCCUGUCCGAAUCAAUUCUAUCUGGACAAUGAUGGAAAAACUUGUAUUGCAAACUGCACCACGGGCCAGCACCGUUGCGGUCCACCGGAAGAAAAAUGCGUCCCGUGGUUCUGGAAGUGCGACGGCGAGAAAGACUGCAAAGAUGGAUCUGAUGAACCGAGCACAUGUCCGAAUCGUGUGUGCCAGCCUAGUCAAUUCCAGUGCAAAAAUGGCAACUGCACACCUAGUGUCACCGUUUGCGACGGCACUGACGACUGCGGUGACCUGAGCGACGAGACAAACUGCUCUGGCGAGUGUCCGGAGCUGGAAUUCAAGUGCAAAUCAAACGGUCGCUGUAUUCAUGCAUCGUGGAAGUGCGACGGUGACGCUGACUGCAAAGACGGCAGUGACGAAGACCCAGCAAUUUGUCACAACAGAACGUGCGACCCCAGCACUGAAUUCAGCUGCAAAAACGGUAAAUGCAUUCCAAAGUUGUGGAUGUGCGACUUUGACGACGACUGCGGAGACGACAGCGACGAGCCGGCUUACAUGUGUCGUCAAAAGAACUGUACUACCGGGUGGCAGCGUUGUCCAGGUCACGCAAACUACCGUUGCAUUCCCAAGUGGCUGUUCUGCGACGGCAAAGACGAUUGUCGCGACAACUCCGACGAAUUGCCCGAGAGUUGUCCCGUCUGUGAUCCGUCAACGGAAUUCAAGUGCUCAAACAACCGGUGCGUGCCUAAACAAUGGAUGUGUGACUUUGCCGACGACUGUGGUGACGGCAGCGACGAAGUGGAAACCAUCUGCAAGGGCAAGUAUCGAUCAUGCUCCGAAUCCGAGUUCCAUUGCAGCAACGGGAAAUGUAUUGCUUCGCGCUGGCGGUGCGAUAACGAAGACGACUGCGGAGAUAAUAGCGACGAAGUCGAUUGUCAAGUAUUCCCAUGCAAAAAUGAUACAUUCAAAUGCGCUUCCGGUCAUUGUAUAGCCUCAUUUCUCCACUGCGACGGCACACGAGAUUGCCGUGACGCCAGUGACGAGAUUGGAUGUCCGCCUCGAUAUCCUGACGGACGUUACUGUCCGAAAUCACGAUUCCAAUGCAAAAACAAUUUAUGUGUGUCGCUGUUUGACCGGUGCGACGGAAACGACGACUGUGGUGACAACUCAGACGAGGACUCAACUCUCUGUGCAAACUUUACCUGCGAUGUAUUGCGUCGAUUCCAAUGCAACAAUCACAAAUGUAUACCAAGAUAUCAAUUGUGCGACGGUAUCGACAACUGCGGCGACGGCUCUGAUGAAAAUAAUCUGACAAUGUGUGCCAAGAGAAUACGUUCGUGUGACCCGACCACCGAGUUCCAGUGCGCUAAUAAAAACUGUAUCGAUCGCAGCAAGAUAUGCGACUUUGCCGAUGACUGCGGUGACGAGUCUGAUGAAUUGGGUUGUCAUCCAUACAAACACUGCGACGCCGCGACCAAAGGCGGGUGCUCUCAUCUCUGCCACAACGUAACUGACGGCGGCUAUAUCUGUACCUGCUACACCGGGUACAUUGCGUCCAGGGAAAAUAAUAAAUUAUGCGAAGACGUCAAUGAAUGUACGACUGCGAGCCAUCACUGCUCCCAAAUAUGUAUAAAUGUCAAAGGUGGUUACUCGUGUGAUUGCCGUGACGGUUUCCGGUUGAUAGACAACCAAAGUGGAGUCUGUCAGCUGCUGCACGAAGACGCUGUAUUGCUGUUCGGAAAUGGACCGGAAAUACGCGGGUACAAUAUACACAAGCGGGAGGAAAUAGACGUAAUGGUUAAUGAGAAACGCGUCAAGACUAUUGAUUUUAACCCAAUAUUGGAGUUCGUAUACUGGAUAGACAGCCAUGACAAUACAAUAAAACGGUCGUACAUGGUCGACGCCAAAGAGGGACAAGCUAAAAUUGGGUACGCACAGGAUUUAAAUAUCAGAAGCAGUGAUACUGUACCAGUGAGUUUGGCUGUCGAUUGGCUAUCAAAUAAUCUUUAUUGGGGCGAAGUCAAUAGCACUGGACUCCAGCAGUACGGCAGGAUACUCGUAGCGAAAGCUGACGGCAGAUAUAGAAGGAGUUUAAUAACAAUUGGACUUGAAAAUCCAUCCGCGAUAGCACUUGAUCCCGAGUACGGGCGUAUUGUGUGGUCGGAUAUUGGUAAUCAGCCUAAAAUAGAAACAGCUUGGAUGGAUGGCAGCAAGAGGCGCAUUCUGGUUGAAGAUAAAUUAGGCAAGCCGUCGGCGAUUGCUAUUGACUAUGGAAUGGAUCACACUAUUUACUGGGCAGACAGCAAACUCAACACCAUCGAGUCGGUAUCGCUCGACGGGUCUAAUCGCAAGGUGAUACUCCGCGGGGAGGCGCUCAAACACCCGGUAUCGCUCGACGUUUUCGAGCACUACUUGUUCUGGGCGUCAAAGUAUGCGGGUGAGAUUAUAAAGCAGGACAAAUUUGGACGUGGGGUCCCGGAAAUAAUUGUCAAGGGAAUCCAGACUGCGGGAGGUGUUAAACUUUAUCACCAGUUGAAGUACAACACAAGCGCACGGGAUCCUUGUAACAGCGCGCGAUGCAGCCAUCUGUGUGUGGGCGUUCCUUCGGGGUAUCGGUGUCUCUGUCCCGACAGCACCGGCCCGAGACUGUCUCAGACCAGCGAGAGAAUCUGCGACGCCUCUAUCGAACGUCCGAAACCUUCACCCUGGAUUUGUCCCUGCGAGCAUGGGGGACUUUGUCAACAGACGGAUGACAAACUCGAGUGCGUUUGUCCCAGUAAUUAUCACGGCGAGCACUGCGAGAUUAGUCUUAUCACCUCGAGACUGUCAAACUCCACGACGACUAUUGUCAUACCUAUUGUCGUUUGCCUGCUGGUCCUCCUUAUCGCUGCUGCUGUUAUUCUCGUCGUCAAAAAACGUCCAUUCGGGAAACCCGGUGGUCUCGGUAGUCUUACUGCUCAAAGUGUAUCAUUCAGACAAGGCAGCAAUGUCGAAUUCGGUACACCAGCUCAUGAAAGAAUGGAGCCACUUGAUGUAGAAUACAGCUUGGGAGAAGUGACGGAUAAAAACCGCGACUUCAGUAACCCGAUGUACGACGCAGUAAAUUUAGAAACAACAAAUGGCACAAGUGGGAGCUCUAUAUACGAAGUCCCUGCAGAAAUGAAACCCUCCAGUAUGCAGCACAAAGAAUUACCGCAGCUGCAUCAUAAAAGACGCGAGCUAGAUCCCACGACAAUAGAUUCUGGCAAAGAUACUCAGCAAUUAGUCGAGGAGGACAAAUCCGAAAGCUAAAUUGUUUAUGUCUCAAUUAUAUUUUUUAUAAAUACAAAUAUAAAUAUAUAUAUAUAUAUAUGAAUAUAUAUAGAUAUAAAUAUUGUUUUUGUUUCUGUACAAUGCAGAGUUGAAUAUUUUAAUAACUAUAUUGACUAUUGUAAAUUAUAAAUCUCAAUGUAUUUUUACAACCGAUUACCGUAAGGAAAAAUUAUGUGAUUUUUUCAUCAACAUUUAUUAUAAUUAAAUAUUUUAAAUACUAUUACUAUUAAUUACUGCGAUCAUGAUUACGUUUUUUUUUUUUUUUUACAUCAAGAGAUUUAUUAGACAAGUCAUGAAUGUGUCAUUUAUUAUUUGUUGGAUGUUAUUUGUACGUAAGAUUUGUAAAUAUUCAAUCAAUAAUCAAGUAUUAACAUUUUUUUUCAUGGUUCGUGUGUACUAUAGAUAAAAAAAAACUAUUUUAAUUAGUGGAUAAUGAUUUACUUAAUGAUAAGAAGAACAAAAAAUCUAAGAUUUAAUGAUUAUAAUUAUAAAGAUGUAGAGAAUUUAUAUAAAUUGUUACGUUAUAUGCAAUUUUAGGUAGCUAAAUAUUAUUUUUAAAGUUUUAAUGGAUAUUAAUUACCGUAAUUAAUGUACACUGGGGCCAACUUUUUAUAAAAACAUUUUUAACAAUCUACUUUUCUACGUAUACAUUUUAAAUAAAAAAUAUAUUUAUAUAUGAAAAUUUAAUAAGCUCCCUUUGUGGCCGAGACAAAAGACCGACAAUGGAAAAUGUAAUGUGAAAUUUAUAAUUGUAUAAUUGUAAUGCGAUUUAUUUAUAAGUGUAUAGAUUUUUAAAUUGAAUCUUACUUAUUUUUUUUAAAUCGAUUGAUUUAUUUGUUUAAAUUUUUAAAUUGACGAUGACCAUUGUACGAUAUAUAUAAAAAUAUAUGUAUUUUGUUAUGAUGACAAAAUUUUUAAAAAAUUUGUCAGGUGAGAGAGUAAUUGAAUAAAAUAAUAACAGGGGUGUGCGAGUAAUUUAAAUUGAAAAAUUAUUUUUAAGUAUUUGAAUUAUUUGAAAAUUUUCAAAUUACUCAUUAAUUUUAAAAUUAUUGGAAAAUUUUCUAAUUAUCUGUAAAAUUUUUGUCAGAGAAAAAUAUAACUUAGACACAAAUCUACGAAAUAAUUACUUUUGGUUACUUAAAAAAAGAUUUACUGUUAAAUUUCAAUAUGUAAAAGUUAAUCCGAUUUUUUGAAAAUAAUUCAAAAUUGGAUUUAUUCGAUCCAAACAUGACUCGAACACCCCUAAGUAAUAAAAUUUUUAGUAAGUACUCAAAAAUUCUCAAUUACCUGGGCCGGUCUCCAGCGUUUUUUAAA